AGCACAGUGAGUAAAUGAAAAAAGCAAGGCACCAGACACACACAAUAAUGUGGAUACUGUUCUGUGCAUUAAUAAUCUUCAAACAAGCUCAUGGAUCUGGCUGUUAUCUGGAGUCAGUAAGAGAAGAGAGAUGGACGCACAUGUGUCAGAUAAUUCUGACAGCUCUGCCGACAUGGACCGCGUGAGCAGGAACACAGGGGGACAUGUGCUGCAGACACACCAGGUCUUACAGAGCACUCCUCUAGACCUGAUUGAAACAGGCAAAUCCCUCAAGGUCCAGGCAGAGCGCCCCCACCUGGUGAGUCUGGGAAGUGGCCGCUUGAGCACAGCCAUCACUUUGCUGCCGCUGCUGGAAGGACGGACCACUUUGGGGAGUGGAGCCACAGAUAUCUCUCUGCAGGGCCCCGGCAUCGCAGCUCAGCACUGCUACAUCGAAAACCAGGCAGGCAGCAUCACCCUGUACCCAUGUGGAAACCAGUGUGUUGUGGAUGGCAUUCCUAUCACCAAGCCCUAUCGCCUUACACAAGGGUGCAUGCUGUGUUUUGGUCAGUCGGCCUUUUUCCGCUUCAACCAUCCAGAAGAGGCUCAAAGGAUGAAGAACAUGCUGCCUGAAAAGAACCAAGGUCUGAACAUAGGAAAAACCCUUCCUUCAGACCCCCACAGUGUCCUAAAUGGGAACCAUGAGUCUUUCUUGAACAACAAUGUCACCAAAAUCAGCAACAUGGCUAGAAACCUACAGGAGACCUUGGUGCUGAAGGCUUCAUCGGGAUUUGACAAACAGCCCGUUGCUCAGCCACGCGCACAAGACAUAAUGAACGGAAGGAACAGCUCGACAAGGGAUAACUAUAACUAUGUUAAUGAAAACAGCAACAACCUUGGAAACAAAACCCCUCCAAUACCGACCCGGUCCACUCAUAGCAAUCUAAACCCUGUCCCUCAUCCACGGACUUCCCUCUCUGUGGCCACAUGCGGUAGCACUGGAGGUCAGAGGGCCCAGGGGAGCCCAAAGGCUCAAAGAAGCAUAUGGCCAGAGGGUAUAUCACCACAUAUCAGGGAGUCAAGUCAGAGCCCAGAAAGCUCGAGCAUUAGUCACCACUCAUCCUCCAUCAAGUUUUCCCCGUCAGCUCCAUCGAGCCCACGAUUGAGAGGCUCCUCCCUACAGAAGAGAUCGCAAAGCCCCAUGCGAGAGCAAGGCCAGUAUCUCUCCCAUGUAGACGUCCCUCAGAGGCUCAGGACUCCAGAUACAACUGGGUCUAGUGGCCUGAAGGAACUUCCUCCCCCCAGCCCCCACAUGGCCCGCAGACCGACUCCAGGAUCACAGGGCUUCACUGCUAAACCCGUGCCGGACAGUCCCCAGGGGCACCGCAAACUCACAACUAGUUCAAAAGCAGAAGCCAUGAGGGUUUUGUACGCCCAGAGUCCGUCACCACUCACUGGGAUGGAGAAAGAAGCAGGAGGACGGCAGUCAAGGCCAGGCAUCGGGGGUUCCGUCAUGUCAGGUCUGGCUUCAGGAUCUGGAUUAUCUCCCCUCGCCAGCCCCAACAACCGAAGAAAGAUCUCCGGUAUGACCGCAAAAGGAUCCUCCAACAAGGAACUGAACCCUAUGAAACCAUACACCCGGGAACGCAAGAACAGUAUCUCUGAGAUCAGUGACAAUGAGGACGAGUUGCUGGAAUACCACCGAUGGCAGAGAGAGGAGAGGCUGCGAGAGCAGGAGAUGGAGAAACUGGAGCGGCAGAGACUGGAGACCAUCCUGAAUCUGUGCGCCGAGUACAACCACGGAGACAACGCCGCGGAGCUGGUGAGGAGCGGGCUGCUCGGGGGUGCAACGGGGACCUGUUCCAACUCAGCGGGAGGGAUGUCUCUUCAGGGAGUCGACAGACCGCUGAGGGCGAGAGGAGAGAACGAUGAGGAAAUCCAGAGAGAGGAGUCCAGCAGCACGGAGAGCACACACCAAGAGUGUGAGGAGUUGCUAGCUGGACAGGAGCAAGCCUACCUGGAGGAGGAGAGGAACAGGAUCUUGUCCAGGGUUGAUGACUUGAAGCACCGAGUUGGCGACCUGGAGCAGCAGCUGCAAGAGACCAAACAAGAGGUGGAGAUGGAGCAGGCCCUGCUGCAGGCGGAGAGUCGGGCUGAGCAGGAGCAGGUGGAGGCCGAGAAUGAAAUUAUAUCUCAGCUGCAGCUCAGACUCAGCCAGCUGGAUAAGACCACCCAGAAUGAGAAGGACAAGGGGAGGGCUAAUGUGUCGGCUGAGCGGAAGGCCCUGGAAAAGCAGAGGAAUGAGUACAAUGAGCUGAAGAGGCAGUUUGAUAAGUGCCCCUUGUCUCUAAGGGAACAGUUACAGGAGCAGCUCAGCAGGAAAGCUGAAGCUCUGGAGUCUGGGACCAAGCAGUUUGAGGAGCUGGAGUUCUGCCAGCUGGAGGAGGAGAGCAGUCUGGAGGAGAAGAAGGACGCUCAGAGCUCACAGCUUCUCCAGGAGCGAGCAGAGUACCACUGCAGCGUGGCCAAGAGGAAGGAGCGAAUGGCAGCACUGGAAGCUCAGGUGAAGCAGCUGGGGUUCCAGGCAUCUCUGGACACUGAGCGGCUGGCAAAGGACAGAUCGCUGACUCUGCAGCUGUUACACAAGGAGCAGGACCGGCUGAAUGCCCUUGAGAAAAGGUACCACAUCCUCACAGGAGGGAGAAACUUUCCCAGGUCCAACAGCAAUAUGAAAGAGGAAUUGCUUCACAUCAGCGAACCUGACCUUGUAUAUGGGGACGGUCCUCCUCAUAGCCCCUGUCCCUCCUCUGCUUCCUUCUCCUCCUCCUCUCACAUCCCUUCCCCUGAACUCUGUCCUGUCAGACUCCAAGAGGAGUACCUCAGGCUGUCUGAUGUCUAUAGGAUGUAUGGAAAUGCUUCUGUGCCGCCUCACUCUCCCUCUCCCGCCGCUCUCCACUGCCUCUCGCUCACUGUCGCUCCAGCUCUGCCGUGCGAGGAGUACAUCACAGUCAGCCAGUUAAGCCAGAUCUUUGGGAUGCAGAGAGUUGAUUCCUCCUCUUCCUCCUCUAUCCCUUCAUUCCAACUUGCCUCUGCUGAGUCCACCUUCUCAUGCCACUCAGCUGCACGUGGCCCUUCCUCCUUUCUCUCACAGAGCCAGACUGAGCUGAGCAGGAAUGCAAUGACUCCUCUUAAUCUCGAGCGCUGGUACCAGGACAUCAUGGCUGCCGGAGAGCCUCUGUCAUGUCCUCCACCGCUACCCGCAAAGUCUUUUUCCGCACGCAGACACGGGCAGCUGCUGAAGUCUAAAUCAGACGGAGAGGUUGGACACGGGUCCAGCAAUAAUGUCUGCAGCGCCGCGGCUCUGCCGCACUCCAGCGGCGCUCCGCAUGAGAAAAAUGCCGCCUCGAAGGAGUUACAGUUGGCGCUGAGAGAGAUGUCACUGCCGUUAGACAUGGACUCCAGGAGGCAGAUGGUCCUGCAGUGCAAAGACCCAUCUCCCACGGUCCAUCACUCCAUCCUCCACCACCAGACGCCACCCAGCGGCAGCCAGGCGUACGACACCCUGAGCCUGGAGAGUUCAGACAGCAUGGAGACCAGCGUCUCCACCGGCAACUCCGCCUGUACCCCGGAAAGUGCCUGUGGGUUAGAGGCCCAGAGGAUAGAGGAGAUGGAGAAGAUGCUGAAGGAGGCGCAGCAGGAGAAAGCCAGACUGAUUGAGAACCGAGAGAGGGAGGUGCAGACUCGGCGGCAGAUGCUGGAGGAGGAGCGGAGGAGGCGAGAGGAGGCCGAGAGGAGGCUCCAGGACGAGACGGCCCACAGGCAGAGGCUGGUGGAGGAGGAGGUGAAGAUGAGAGAGAAGCACUUCUCCCAGGCUCGCCCGAUGACUCGCUACCUGCCCAACCGCAAGGAGGAGUUCGACCUGCGCGCCCACGUGGAGUCGUCCGGCCACAACAUCGACACCUGUCCCUUCGUCAUCCUCACCGAGAAGAUGUGCAAAGGCCACCUGGUGAAGAUGGGAGGCAAAAUCAAGUCGUGGAAGAAACGCUGGUUCGUUUUCGACCGUCUCAAGAGGAACUUCUGUUACUACGUGGACAAGCAUGAGACCAAGCUGAAAGGGCUCAUUUACUUUCAGGCUAUUGAAGAGGUUUAUUAUGACCACCUGCGCAGCGCCACCAAGAGCCCAAAUCCAUCUCUGACCUUCUGCGUGAAAACCCACGACCGGCUUUACUACAUGGUGGCCCCGUCCCCGGAGGCCAUGCGCAUCUGGAUGGAUGUCAUAGUGACGGGUGCAGAGGGCUACACGCAGUUCAUGAGCUGAGGGACCACUGGAGACGGGAGGAGGAUGACGGGGACUGAGCGGACUCAUACACACACACACUCACACACAGACACACACACACACACCUGCACGCCAACCUGAGCUGCUCCUCGCCGCAGCCGCGGCCGGUGGCAGCACACACACACACACACACCGCCUGAUGGUGUGAUGGACAUCUGAGGACAAGGAUAACCUGGGGCUCGCUUAAAAAUACACACAACCAUAAACAGCCCGAUGCGCUCCAGCAGAUGAGGGCUCGGCCGCGACAAAAGGUGCUUUUAAAAAGAAAAAGGAAUUCAGAGUUGUACUUGUGUUUCAGUCCGGCGCGUAGGAAGAAAGACUGUUUUGAGCUGCCUGCUGGUGGAUUUUCCACUCGACUACAUCAAUCACACUCUGUUACCAAAAUGUAUUGAUAAUAAUCACAGCACAGUAACCGGGAUUUCAGGAGGAGUUCUCUAAAGACUUCCUACUUUAUAUAAGCUCAAACUGUUUACACCUCUGAAGCCGCUCUAUGCAUGCAGUGUUAUCACUCUAACCUUUUUGAUACGUUUCUACUUUUUUCCCUCGAGUUUGUAACUUAAAAAAAAAAAAAAAAAAACACGCGCAAAAAAAAGUAGCUAAUAAAAACACCAGAACUUUAA